UCGCCUGAAGCCAGAGCGACGUUUCUUUCGAACGGAGCCUUUACGUCGGUGUGGCAACAACGCGAGCUCAGAAAAAUCCGAUGGCCCAAUGGUGAAUUCAGCCGUUGUAGAAGAGUCUUGAAUAAAAUCAUCCCAAAUUUAAUCACCCUCACAAUACAUAGGAGUGCGUCAUGUCGAAAGCCGAGGCUAUUCUGAAAAUCGAGCCGGAAAAUGAGCUACGAUUUCGAGGACCAUUCAAAGAGCCAGUCUCUGUGGUGAUGAAACUAUCCAACAAUGUGGAGAAAAAAGUCUGCUUUAAGGUGAAAACCACUGCUCCCAAACGUUACUGUGUGAAACCCACAACAGGAGUCAUAGGCGCAAAGGAAACUGUCACAAUUCUAGUCACUCUCCAGCCAUUUGAUCCUAAUGACCCUAAUGAAAAGGGGAAGCACAAGUUCCAAGUUUUAUCUGUGCUGGCACCUGAAGCGGACUUCAAUAUUGAAACCUUGUGGAAAGAAAGUAAUCUUGAAAUCAAUGACUGGAAACUCAAAUGUGUGCUUGAAAUACCAGAUGAGGUAUCUACUACUGCAGCACCUGCAACGACUGUGACAACUUUGACAAGUUCAGUUGUUGCUCCAGUGACAUCAGCACCCCCAGCUGCUCCGUCAAUCAAAAUGGACGAAAAACCGUCAAAAGAUGUCUCCAUUCAAAAAGAACGAGUGAGUAGUUUGGAACUUGAACUGCGUAAGGCUUCAGACGAGAUUGCACAACUUAGAGAAGAGCUUAGUGCGAUGUCAAAUGAAAAUAUGCAAUUAAAAGAGGAAGGAUUGCGGCUAAGACGCAGCAAUGUAUCUGGAACAGAUUCAGCAGGUUUCAAGCCAGAGAUGCCUCCUCCAAUCCUCCACCAAUCGGAUUCAGUUGCGACACUCUCGUCUCCAAAUAUUUUGUACAUUGUGGCUGCUCUUUUACUGGGUAUCAUAAUUGCAAAGCUCUUCUUCUAAGAAAAGGAACAGUACCGAGAGGAGGUAUAUUGAACUACUUUCGUCCACCCGAUACCCUAAGCGAUUGAGAGUAGGGCCAAAAUACCUCUUCGUUUGAAGUCUCCUUCAUGUUUUCUGACGAAAUUAUUCUCCGCCUUUUUUUUUCUGUCAUUCUGCGCUCUGCAAAAUUUUCAACUAGGAAAAAAAUACCCAUGGAUUUUUCUUCAUGUAAACUUAAAGAUUGCGCAACUGCCCACAACCGAACAGCUCAGAUUUGUCGUUUAAUUUACCAAUCGCGCAGGAAGCUGUGGGUUUUUGCACGGGGCGCCAAGAAAGAUAGCUAGAUAGUUGUGUCUCUCCCAGAUUUUGAUGGUUGGUAGUUAUGUAACAGUUGGCUUAGAAUUUAGUUGUCCCCGUUAACAAUUCCCCUUUUUUCCUUCCUUUUGUAUUUUUCUAUUCCUUUCUCUUAACAAGAAGUCCACACAACUUUACUGGAAAAUAUUACUUUGGUUCAAUUAUUUAACAGUUUUGUCAGGCAGUCGUUCAAUAUAUAUAAACAAUUAUCCAAACUCGUGUUUUCUAAAGCGAAAGAAAAUCUUUCUCUUUUCCAACGUCCUUGAUUUCUGUUCUCAUUUAUUGUGCCGUUCUUCGGGGGUUGUCUUGCUUGAUCAUAAUUUUGUCUAAUUUCCAGCGGCCUAAUAACAACCUUCUGUCUACCGAGUUUAAUAUCCCCGAUUUCCUUUUAUUUUCCGUAAUAAUUUCCUUCCUGGAAAGUUUGUUGGCAUGUUUGAACGAGAUGAAAAUAUUAGUUGUGCAGCAUAUGUACCCCGUAUGAUAAUUCUUGAUUUCCUCCUUUCUGGGCCAAUAAAGCUAAAUAAGAAACCCAA